CUUCUUUUUAAAUAACGAAAGAGUCAUGUCUGGAAGAGGUAAAACCGGAGGCAAAGCCAGGGCGAAGGCCAAGACCCGCUCAUCCCGUGCCGGACUCCAGUUCCCCGUCGGCCGUGUGCACAGACUCCUCCGUAAGGGAAACUAUGCUCACCGCAUUGGUGCCGGAGCGCCCGUCUACAUGGCGGCGGUUCUCGAGUAUUUGACCGCUGAAAUCCUGGAGUUGGCUGGAAACGCGGCCCGCGACAACAAGAAGUCCCGCAUCAUCCCCCGCCAUCUGCAGCUGGCCGUCCGCAACGACGAGGAGCUCAACAAACUCCUAGGCGGAGUGACCAUCGCUCAAGGCGGAGUGCUGCCCAACAUCCAGGCCGUCCUUCUGCCCAAGAAGACCGAGAAGCCCACCAAGAAGUAGAAUCAGAACCAGACUACUAUUAACACAAAGGCUCUUUUAAGAGCCACCUAAAUAUUGAAUAAGAGCCUCUUCUCCCAGGGACGCGGGAAGUCAGUCCGAGGGGGGGUGCGGAGAGAGCCUAUAAAAUGACGUCAUAAUAAAUGCUGCGGAACAUCCAUUGUUUACAGAGACGAGAACACGGGUGACGUAACAUUCAGGGCUCCGCUCCUGAUAAACACUCUACUGGUGUGUAAAAAAAGAUCUGCCAACUAGCCACUGUUAUUCACAUGCGUUAGCAAGUAAAAAAUGUGGAAAUUAGAGCCAACUCGGCCGUGCUGAAUUUCACACACUAACAACAUGCCGACAAGCUGUUGCGGUCCGGGAUUAUACACAGCGUUAUAACAAGGAUUCAGGAGGUUAUUUCUAAAGGUUUACAAAGGAAAGUGACAAUAAAAGAAAGCCUUCAAUUUCA